GUUAAAACGUAGAGGGGCUGUCAACUCUGAAGUGUGUUAAUUUGCAGCGUAACCCUGGUUUGUUUUGAAAUACGCAAGACAAAUGGCGCGCGAUGCGCAAAGGGAAUUGUAGUUUUGUUAAUAUGUGAAUAUCAUUUGAUUGAAUGGAUGUGAUUUCAGUGGGGAACUACAGCUCCCAUGCGUUCUUGCGCUUCCCUGGCGACAGGCAGUUGGCCAGGUGUGGGUUGGUACUCUACACAGUAUGCUCCGUGUCAUUUGGACUAAAAAUAUACUGUGUAAAUGUUGUUUGACAAGCAUAGCAACGUUGUGUAAAUGUCAUCAACCCGUUAACCUGCAGCCUGAACUAAGUAAAACCGUGAACUGUGCAGUGAAAAAGGAAUACAGUAUAAUUACUACCAGUUAUUACUGGAUAAAUAGUCUUGCAAAUGAGUGUUUCGAGUCUCACGUUGGACAAAUAUGGAUCUGUGGUUGAUCUGUCAGGCCAGGGAAUGCAGAAGCUGGAGUCAGCGUUUCCCUGCCCUGCUGGAGCCCACACACUGAUCCUGGACAAGAACCAGAUCAUAAAGCUGGAGCAUCUGGAGAAGUGUAAAGAGUUAAUGCAGUUGUCUGUGGCCAACAAUCGGCUUGUGCGGAUGAUGGGAGUAGCCAAACUGACGAACCUCAGGGUACUGAACUUGCCCAACAACAGCAUUGGGUAUGUCGAAGGGCUAAAGGACCUGGGGCAUCUGGAGUGGCUGAACUUAGCCGGGAACAACAUCAAGGUGAUUGAUCAGAUAAACAGCUGUGUGGCGCUGAAGCACCUGGACUUGUCUGACAACAACAUCUCGCAGAUAGCAGACCUCUCAAAGCUUCCCUCAUUAAAGACUCUCCUGCUUCAUGGAAACAUCAUAACAACCCUGCGUACUGUGCCACUUCAUCUGCCUACAGGGCUGAACAUCUUGUCUUUGGCAGAAAAUGAAAUUUGUGAUCUCAAUGAGGUUUCUUUUCUGACUUCGCUCUCUGAACUGGAACAGCUGUCCAUUAUGAGCAACCCCUGUGUAAUGGCUACUCCCUCCCUCCCUGGGUACGACUAUCGGCCCUACAUAGUCAGCUGGUGCCUCAGUCUCAAGAUUCUAGAUGGCUACAUUGUGUCACAGAAGGAAGGGUUGAAGGCAGAGUGGCUCUAUAGUCAAGGCAAAGGGCGAUUGUACCGUCCUGGGCAGCACAUGCAGCUGGUGCAGUACCUGGCUUCAGUCUGCCCUCUGUCAUCCACCCCUGCCUUGCAGUCUGCAGAGGAUGCCAAACUGGAGAAGAUACUAAACAAACAAAGACUCCAUCAGAAACAGCUGCAGCAGCAGUUUCAGAAAGGAUGUCCACCCAGCUCAUCCACAACGAACCGACCUGUUCAACUCCCAGUCGAGCGCUGCAGUCCAACACACACACCACUGGGGUCUGCUGACAGAGAGCCUAUACCUCAGAUCAACACCUGGUUGGGAAUGAGUGUGUCUGCUGAUAACUCCUACGCUGCUGAGCAGUCGGCACAGUCCUGUUCAUCCCGCAACGAGCCCUUAUACCUGGAAGAUGUCCAGACGGAUGAGGACAAGCUGAACUGCAGCCUCCUGUCCUCCGAGUCCACAUUCAUGCCUGUGACUUCCGGCAUGUCCCCUCUGUCACCCACCGGCGAGCUGAAGCUUGAAAGGGAGGAGGUGUCAGACGAGGACCUUGGUGCUACAGUCCUGCAAUUCAGAAAUAGUGCAGAGACCAGGGUGAGUGAGGCUAAGGAGCCAGUCUGGACAGAGAAGCAGUCUGUUGGGAAGGCAGCAAGCGAGGGUCACAGCAGUUGUGACAUUGCAGCCUCUGUGACUGGAAGCAAUCUUCUGGAGAUAGCACUGCCCUUUGAAGAGAGGUCUGAGCAAACCGUUACUGAGGAAGAGGAAGAGAAAGGUAUCCUUCAUGGUUUGAAUGAAGCAGCCAUCAGAAUUCAGGCAUGCUGGCGAGGCUUUUGGACCAGGCGUUUCAACCCCAGGGCUAAGGAAGUUCGCUCUGAAAUCCGCCUGCGCAGAAUGCAGGACCACAUUGUGUUCCUGUCUGAUGAAUUAAUACAGCUGAGAAAGGAGUAUGAAGAAGAGAGAAUACAGAGGCUUGUGCAAGAAGAGGCUGUAAAAUUCAUGUGGAAACAGCUUCAGUACUUCCAGCAGUGGCAGCAGUCUGUAAACCAGCAGCUUCAAUCUGUUUCCCAGCGGGAGAUUCCUUCAUCCAGCACUUUGGCUCCAUCCAGUCUCUCCUCCUCAAAUCUCUAUGAUCCCAAACCCCACAACUCUCUGGCGUUCAGCACCGAAGGACCAGCAUCCCACUGCUGCGAGCAGUCUUUCCCUGACUCUGGCUUCCACUCCUCUGCUGGUGGGGGCGAACCUGACAAGCUAAGGUGCACUCUGCUUUCUAGCCAGUGCGAUACGGACGAGAGCCUGAGCUCUGGCACUGGGGCCUCUAUAGAGACUGUGCGGCCAUUCACGGAAGGGCAGACUGAGAACAGGGAAGGCACGGAACUGGGAGAGGAGGUAAACAGCAAGGAGAGUUCACGAAGUGAACAGGACAACAGCCUGCUUGAGCAAUAUCUGAAUUCUGUCCAGCAGCUGGAGGAGGCAGAGGACGGGGCUGUGGAGAGGACAGAGAGCCACAGACCCAACUCUGCAGAGGUGGAAGAGACCCACCCACCUCCUCUUCCUCCUCAAGAGACAUCGGCAGUAUUGCAGGCCGAGUGGACUCCCAGUCCAGAGGUACAGGACAGGAGGGUGGAGCCAGAUUUGCAAGGCCUGCCAGUGGAAGCAGGCGUGUAAGAGUGCUUGCCACAGCCGUAACUUUCAGUGGGUAUUGCACAGAUAACGGGGGCCAUUCGAACUAUCGUAUUUCAGUUUGUUCCCCUCACCAAGCACAAAACUAAGGGGAAUGAAUCGCCAACAUUUUAAAACUGUUGUCUCAAACUUCAAAACCUAAGUGUUAAACUUUGCAAAAUGUACAUUUCAGACUACACUUGUACAUACCUAGAAGUCUGCCAUGUAUAAUAAAUCUGAAACAAAAACACAUUGGAAAUGUGAAAAAACACCAAGUUACCAAAAGUGCCCAGCCAUUUAAAGUAGAGAUAUCAAAAACACAAGCCAAGUUUCAAGAAACCAUUGGGGCAACCUUGCCCAGCACAAAGCAAAUAGGCACAACUGUAAAACCAAAUGGGGCCAAGGUUGCCCCAAUUGUUUCUACUAACUUGGCUUGUGUUUUUCAUGCGCUUGAUCCACUUUUAUUGUGCCUGAAAAACACAAGGCACAAUGAAAAUGCAACAGUCUGUUUUACAUCAGUAGCUCAUUGGACACAUACAUAAUGUUAUUUGCAUUUUAAAUAGUGAGCAGAUAGGUUUGUUCAUUGUUUGAGUAGUAUUGUUCCUUGGGAUAACAAAAUACUGAGCUUAAGUGGUGAUUUCAUAAAAAUGCCAUGAGCUCUGCUCAGUGUUUGUUAUCUGAGUUGAGUUAAUAUUGCCAAAAUGAGUUGAUUAAGAAUCUACAUAAAUAGCCAUUCGAAAAGAUAUGAUUUUAAUUAAUGCAAGAACAGUGAAAGAUACGACCGUGCCCCGCUUGAGUAAUGAAGAUCGCCUGGUUGCUAUCGGCAUGAUUGAAGGUGGCCUAUCUGUGAGAGAAGUUGCCUGGAGAAUGAGAUGUUCUGCUUCAAUAAUCAGCAGACUAGUCCAGAGAAACUAGGAAACCGGCUCAGUGAGGGACAGGCCACGUCCUGGAAGGCAGUGGGUCACCAUACCGGCCCAAGACCGUUAUGCUGACUGUUGCGUUGUUCCAGCCAACCGGUGGGGCAACCACCACCAGCCAACCUUUGCCAGCUGGCUGCAGCUGCACAGGAAGAGCGGCGGAACAUCCCACAACAGUCUAUCCAGAGGCUGAUCAGGUCUAUGCAUCAACGCUGCCAGGAUUGUGUUAAUGCUCAGGGAGGUCAUACCCGACACUAACUUUGUAACGUUUUCAUUUUGAAAGUAUGUCACGUUUUAUACUGAAAACUUAUCAUGAUCUGUAUUUUUGUUCACAUUUUCUGUGAUUUUGUUUGACAUCUCUGUUUAAAGUAUUUGAUUAAAUCCAUUAGACCUGA